UUAAAAACGAUUCAGUCACACAAGUCAGCAGAGCAAAGGAGAAAAAUUAUUGUACAGAUACGUAAAUAGCGAAAAGGAGAUCGAGGAAGGUUUUUUCACGAACCAGUGAAAAUUUUCAGAUUUUGUGGAUAUUUCUUCGCGAUUUUAUUCGACCGUUUUGCUGAUAAAAGUUGAAAGAAUCGAUUUCCGGUAAAAUUUGCGAUCCCGCAUUGGGGUUUCACGGGUUUUCGAGCGGAAGAAAUAGUGCAAAAGUGAGCGACUGGCUGGCGGAUGGCAGUGUAGAAAAUUUUCUGUGAAGUUAUUUUUCCUUGUCCAUUCGCCGUUCCCGUUCUUCUAUAUCGUUAGUGGUUUACGGGAGUCGGAGAGGGUGGAUUUUUCUGCCAAAGAAAAAUAAAAUAAUAAAACGGUGCAGCUUCUUGCAACUUAUGCCAUUCGUUUCGCUCAUAAAGUGGAAACCGCGCUGCGGGAUGCGAAGAAAAGUGCGUUUCUCAAGAUAAAGUGCGUUUCUAGUUGGCAUUAAAGUUUGGAGAAAAUUCCGAGAAAAACAGUACAUGAACGGGUGUUGGUGGUAGUGGGAGGUUAAUUUUCCUGCUAAUCAUUGAUUUUGCACCAAAAUAAAGAAUAUUUUCUUCCUAUUGGAUUAAACUGCUGUUAAGCUGGUGUUUCAAGACAGUGUGUGUGUGCAUUGUAGGUAUAAUGUAUUAGAGGAAUCAGCCGUAGUUCCUAUAAGAACGUGUGUUGAAUUUUUGACGGAUUUCGCAUCCGGUAAACAAGCAGGUUUUGAUAGCAAAGGAUAGGUCUUGUGGAAUAGAUACCAAAAGAAGUAACAGUAGCAGAGCUAGACAGCGCCAUGGCGAAUCCGAGGAAAUUCAGCGAGAAAAUCGCCUUGCACAACCAGAAACAAGCAGAGGAGACGGCCGAAUUCGAGAGAAUCAUGCGGGAAGUUUCGGAUGUCACGUCCAAGGUUUCAAGGAGUGCUAAUCUCACACCCACACUUGGUGGAUUGGGUACAUUUCGUGGUGGCUCCCUGCCCAACGUCAACAACGAUAACGACAAAUUUGAGGAAAAGGGUGACGACGGCAGCACACUGACAGAGCUAAAGUCCUAUACACAGCUGGAAAGUGUAAAGGUAAAAAAAGAAGCAGUAUCCAAAGCUACCACCCCAUCCAACCACAGCAGGGAAUCUAGAGGUCGUACUCCAGGUGGUCCAAUGAGAAAUCGACAGUCUAGCCGUAAUCACGAUACAUCGCCCUACGGUAGCAAUUCGGUGCAUCUUAUACCUCCAAUGGAAAGCAACUGGCAUCGAUCUAUCUCGGACUCUGCCAUUCAUCAGAGUUUAUGUCAGAAUCAGCACGAGUCCAAUCACCUAAACACACACUCACCUCUAACGUUAAGUCCAACAGUUCAAAGAAAGAUUUCAAAUGCUCAAAGUAUCUCUAAAGUGCAUCACCAUAUAUCAUCAAAUCAUCUUGAAAACCACUCGCCACAUGAUAUGCGAUCCCGAUCAUCAACCGGUCUGACAAGGCUACCAGGGAUAAACAUUUACCCUUCACAAAAUCAUACAGACAGUAUACAAAUACCUAUCCCAAGUAACACGGGUUCAUUGCCGGAUCUGACCUCUGUUGGUUAUCCUAUGUACCCAUCCUCCCUAGAUCAGGAGUAUGAUCACAAUGCACACAACAACAGCUACUGUGCGAGUCCCCUUGGCACCUCACCUUCAUCGCUAUCCCCUACAUCGGCCAUUCACAAUCACCAUCCGCAUCCACGGCCGAACAAUUUCGGCGGAGGUGGAGGAGGGGGCGGUUACCCAAUUCCAACCAGCAGUCAUCCUAACAGUGGCAACGUUAGUCCCAGCAACAACAACAACACAACUACCACUAACCUGAACAGCACUACCAACAACAGUAGUAGUACCAACCAUAACAAAGCUAAGAUUAAUAAUCAGAAACCGAAGUCUAGUCAGCCUUUUUUAUCUGUACCAGAUAGCAAUAGAUUUACAUUUAUGUCAAAGGGUAACAAUACUUAUGACGUGAGUCAAUCGCCUCAGCCACAGCAGCAACAAACACAACAGCAACAGCAGCAGCGAGUACCAACCCUGGAGCAGAUUAAUUACGAUAACUUCAGUCAAUUAAAUGACGGACUAUCGUCACCAAAUCAGCAAAAUUCACCCGAAAAUAUUCUGUAUGGAUCUCAUGGGAACAUUUCACCGCAUAUGAUGCUAGAUUAUCGGAAUAGGCCAAGCCCUGGUUCUAGUCCUGGCCUGGUGCUCAACCUUGACUCAAGUUCGAGUGCGCCAUGUAGUCCGGUGUCCCAUAGUAUAGGAAGUAAUAAUGGACAAUCGUAUGACAAGUAUCCAUCGAACGAUGUCUACGUCCAAAACACGCUGCCACAGCACCUGGAACAUAUAACCCUGGACUGGACUACUUUGGUUCGAAGUCUUGUCGAGUCUGGAUGUACAUUAACCGCCCAAGUUCAGGGAGACAACUCAUUACCACCGGACUUUACAGCAAACCAGCUGGUAUUUGGAACGUUUGAGGACCCUUACCUGACGCUGAACAACGAUCUCAAUCUUCGAACGGAACCAACACGCCAACAACAACAGCAGCAACAGCAGCAUCAACAGCAGCAGCAACAGCAGCAUCAGCAGCAACAACAACAGUCCCAGCAGUCAUCGCCACAACAAUCACCGCAUCUUAACUCAGUCAACUGUGGUUCGCUUCCGAACAGUGUCAACCACCAAAACUCCUACAGUCACAAUCACAACGGAAGCAACGAACCGCUGCUCAGUUUGCAAACGGCUCCACAAAUUCAAACGACUCCCACCACGAUACCAGAGAUUGUGUUUACAGAUUUCUCGACAAGAGCAGAUGACUUUGAAGCUGAUCUUGGCCUUGGGCAGAUGGAUUUUCAGAGUUUUCAGAUGCUAUCCGACACCGGUACGAUGAUCGAUCCGAUGGACGAAGACAGCUUUCGGCGAGAGCUUCAGUGAGACAACGUUAAUGUUGGUCCCAGAACGGAUGAGACGACGACACGGUUACAAGCUUUUGUUACUUUGCUUUAAGUUAAGGUUUUACAUUUGCGUUAUGUAAAAGAAACAUUAGAAGGAAGAAUUACAUAGACAGACAGCUUUCUUCUUGAAAAGGGAAAGCAACGCUUCCCCAAAAGAGAUGGUUCAUUUUAAAACGAGUCAUGCUUUUAAGACGUAGGGAACCCCGAUAUCACGAGACUAUUAAUGUGCAGUACUACUAAAAGUGGUUAGUGUGUUUUAAGAUUUUAACGUAAGAAUGGACAGCUACUUGAGAUAAAAGAGACCUAGAUAAGUUUAUCGAUAGCGGCAGGGCAAAGGUGAAUAGUUUAGACAAUAUUUUGCAUGUGUGACACACAGGAUUAGGUAGGUCGUUCAGAAGUGUAGGGUGGUGAGAAUGCGCCGUGCGCGUGAGACAGGUAUCCAACAUUGGUACAUUUCAUAGACAAAGAAGCACAAAUCAAGUCCGUAUACUGUUUACCUAAUUUUGGCGCAAAUUUUUUAGUUCUGUGUUAUUCAGUUUGUAUUCUUUUCUAAUAUCAUUGAUUGAUAUUGCAUGUUUUAUGUUAGCUAAUUUUAUACAUGACCAUUGGAAGCAGGAUUUUUAUUUUGUUAAAAAUAUACGUGCAAUCACGUAGAACUGGUCUGGUAUGCUAGUUUAAACGAAGAGACGGAAUAAUACUUAACAUUAUUUAGAAAAAAAAAACAUCGUUUAGGAACCAACAUUCAGAACGACUGAGAGGAUUUUUUACGCAUGAGUCUCAAUCUUUUACAUAACAAACUACUGAAGGUAUGAUAAAACUGUAUUUAGAUAGAGAUGUAUGCGAAAUAAAUUUCAUGUGAGCCUUUACGGAACGAAAUCGAAACGAAUGCUACAGACAACGGAGUGACAAUUGCAAAAAGUGUAAUUUUAUUGAGAAAAAACUAGAUGAAAAGAUAAAUAUCGUAACAUAUCAAAUCCAUCUUUCCCAUACAACAGAAAAAAAAUCCAAUAAACCGGUCCUCCCCAAAAAUUUUAAACGAACAUAGUAAAACAUAAAUUUCAAUAUAGCAGUUUAAAUAACGAUCAUUUUUCCACGAUAUUGCUCUCUUUAUCUCCAAAAAUCGCAUUUUUCUACCUAACCGAGCAGUCACUGAUUGUGCAUAAUUCUAACACUAUUAUUCUACUAGAGUACGAGCUACAUACUAUUCAACCAUCUCUAUCUUUCCAAUCUAUCAUAAUUCGUUCUAAAUUUUUCAUCGAAUCAAUUAAACAAAAACCAAGAUGAAUGUUCACCGUCAAACGAGAAACGUGCUCUGAAAAAAAUCACAACCGUGAUAUGUAUUUAUUUGCGUUACUAAAAUAAUCACAGAUCAGUGUACUUCGAACUUUAUUCUAAAUGCUGAGCAAUGGAGAAUGUUCACAAAAGAUGGAAGAGGAAGCACCACAGUUAUUGUUGAAAUUGAAAACUCGAUAUAAUACUUUGUUUAAAGAAAAAAAGGAAAAAACGACCUAGAGUAAAUGUUAAAACUAAGACCAACAAAGAUGUAUAAAAUAUGAAUAAGUUGAAACCUUGUUUUUCUUUUCGUUUGCACUUGUUGCAAUUUUUGCUUGAAGUGGCCCUUUGGUUUGUUUCUUUUUUAUUGAAUUGUAUCGUAUCAAUUUUCUAAUUUGAGCCCAGUCCGAAUGUAGUUUCCUUCGAACUUGAGGAUUUUUUGUUUCUUCUAAUUUAUUUGACACGGCUCAAUGCGUUAGCACAACUGAGCCGUUGAUCCUUCGUGUUUUUACAAGACGUAAAACAAAAUAAAACUAAGUUACUAAGUGUUUUUCUUGGCGGUGAUGAAUUAGUUGCGUUAUCCUCUGCAACUUGGGGUCCGUCCGUCUGUUUUCUCUUGUGUUGUCGUUCUCGUACAUAUCGUCAUCAGUACUGCUUUCAUGCUGUUCAUUGUCGGAGGUUGUAAUUUGCUUCUUGUUAUUACUGGUCGCUGUAGCCAGCGAACUGGAGGAUGUUGUGCAAUGGAUCCACAAGAACACUCGAUAUCGCCAGGUGCAGAGACUGAUUGUUGGGUGAAAUGUUGCGCCAAAAAGCAUUUUUAAGUUUUGCCUCAAGGUACGUGAAAAACAACCGAAAGCAGAAACUGUGAUAGGAUUUUCGAUUGGUUGACACCGGUGUAGUGGAGUGCACUGGAACUGCAUCAUUUUUGCACUUUCUAGCAGAAGUGCAGAAAACUGGGUAUGUUCUAUUGACACUUCUGCUAGAAAAUGCAGAAUCAGUGCACUCCACUUCACCGGUGCACAUCAAUCGAAAAUUCCAUGAGUGUACUCGCAUCUUUUCUUUUUUUAACCCUAUUUUCAGCGUGCGCAACUUAUACACAUGUUUUCUAUCUACACUCACCGUCGGUAGUUUGCACUUUCUAUUUGGUUCUUCAGCAGUAUUGUCCAGGAUUCGUGGUCGCAGAGGAUAAACGAUCUUCUAAGGUUUUUUAGAUAGUUCUCUUCAUAUGGCAGUGUGCUUUACUCUAUUGGAGGGUUUUUUUGAGUGCAAAGUAGGCACGGAAUCCUGUCAGAAUGGGUAUUUCAAUUUCGUUUCUUGUGUCUUUGUGGGCCUGUGUCCAGUGACGCAUAUUAUCACUUAAAUGUGGCCGCUGUAAGUUGAUUUCCUCGGAGCGAUCCGUAAUGCUGCUUCUGAUCUGAAAGAUCCCGAUAUGCUGAUUACAUAGAGGUUCCUAUUCUCAACACAGUGGUUUCUUGUAUCACUCCACAGCUUUACUGAAGACACCACCUUUUCUAGCAGAAGAGCAGGCCACUAGACGUAUUUCAUUCCCACUACUGCUAGAAAGUGCAAAACCAGUGCAAUCCACUGCUCCGGUGUUUUUCAAUGAAAAACGACACAAGUUUUUGAAAAGUUCAUUCCCGUCUUUACUUCUAGGGGGAAUAAUUAGCAUAAUUAUCACCAUUUUUCUUGUUUAUGACGAUUGAGAGAUUUAUUUCGAACGAAUAGCAAGCCCAUUUGAUUUUGCUGCCCUAAAAGGGAAUACAAACCACUUUCGAACGAAUCUCGGAUUCGUCGUAAACAAAAAUGUAUAGUGUAUAUUUUCGGAAAAUGUUUCUAUUAUGUUAUAAAACUUCUUCGAAAAUACUUAACUUCCAAAGUCGACGGAAUCGAAAUUAUUUGAUGUUGAUUGUAAUAAACUGUUCUUGAACAUUAUUAUCAGCAUUCUUGACUUUACAAAAUCUAAUUACCCCAUUCAAACCAUCACUCAAAUGUACAUUAUAAAUAGCCACUUCUUCACUUUUUUAUUUUUUUUUCGCAGCAGUGGAAGGAAACGGGAUGUCGGUGUCCGGAGGAAAUCCACCCCCGCGGAUCUCUCCGUCGCAGUAGGCUAGAUUCGUCAUCCGGACUACCGAGUAGAUCUGGACAAAGUUGCGAGUCAAAUGGCUCAGGUACGAAACUUUGAAUCCGACACUACCACGAGCUAUCAGUGAAGAGUGCGACCACACUGCAAAUUCCCAUAUAAACGAAAUGAAAAAUUCUCAAAGGGGGGAGUAAGGAAAAAUUUCAAAAUCAAAUUUGUAUUUUGGAUGCCAAAUGACUUUAAAAUGCAUGAAACGUUGAGAUUUGAUGUAAUCUCAAAAAAAUUUUUUUUUGACGAAAACUGACUUUUUUGACUUUGGUAUAUUUUUGCCUUUCUCACAUAGAAAGGUUAUGCAAUCGCUCUAAAAAUCUUCAACCUAAUCUCGGCUUUUUGGCUUGUAUAGGCUUAGGUAGGAGUAUGCAGUAAGAGGUUGCUACUUUAAAAUUAUAACUAGUUUAAAAUUUCUUAACGGAUCUUCCUCCUUGAUUCGCCGCUGGCUUCAAGCGAUGUUUCAGUGUCGACACAUAGUAUCUCAAUCGUGGCUGUCGAUCCAUUGUAUGUACUAUGUGCAAAUCGUACUAAAUAUGUAAUAUACAUUUCCACCAUUGUAUUGUACAUAAUGAGCCAUAGAGUCGUAGUUUGGAAAAUGAGAAAGGCACAAUUGCACCACUAGGUGGAUUUUUUAAAUGAAUCUUUUUUGGGAUGAUUAUUGCAUUGGCUCGUAGAGAUGUGCCAUGGGUUUAAGGGGAUGUUCUGCUUUACAAGAUCGAAAAGAUCGAGUAUUUUUGUUGCUUGCAUAAAUAAAUAAACCAUCUUAAAAAUUUACGAAUCCAAUUCAAAGUAUUGUUGAUUGCUCCUGUCCUGUUUUAGCUUAAUGUAGAGGAUAUAUUUACGUUAUUCGUACUUCUUGCUGCCUAUCAACAGCUCAGUUAAACCUAGCAGAUUCUUGGCUUCGAUUGCAAUUACCGCCUUUGUUCUAACCAUGUGAGUUCAGCAGCAUAUUUUCACCACUACGUAGUUGAUAGGAAAUUACAAAUUCUCACAAUUUUAAAUAUUUUCGUGCAAAACUAAACUAUUCGCUAGUGUCUUUUAUUCCUUUCUUUACAAGUUUUUGCGUUACCUGUCAAUUCGAUCGAUCCCUUGAUCGGUCACAGAGUGUUGCAAAUGUCUUUGACGCAGAGGCAUAGCGAAAUUAGCACGAACGAAUGUUGUAGAACACAGUCGUGAUUCGUUGGUUGGGCCAUAGCCUAUGUCCAACUAACGAAUUGAAUUCGCUAGUUGGACCGACUGACAAAUGUCAAAAACUCUCCAAAGAAGACAUUAGUAGUGUAAAAGAUUGUUAGAUAGAUUGUCAAAGUCAAUUUGACAUGAGACAUGAGACGUUCAGAUGCUUUUUAGUUGGACAAUGGUCCAACUAGCGGAGAUCCAACUAAAAAGCGGUCCAGUUAAAAAGUGUCCAACCAGCGAAUCAGGGCUGUAGUAGGUGUGUAGCAAACGAAAAGUUACUAUACUCUCCCCCCAGUAUUUCGCGGUCAUUGAUCCGAGAUACUCACAAUCGCACCAACGUCUAACACUGCGAGUUUUAUUGUUGGUCUCUGCAAUAUUCCGCUAGCUGUUUGCAUCAUAGCCCUACGAACCUGCCCAUCCUUGGACCGGAUGGCGUCGGUAGUUCGUCCUUUCGUACAAUAGUUUCUAGGAAGUGUCUUGUCCACCAACACGAUCAUGUCUCCCACUUCUAUGGGCUUCGCCGGACAAAAACAUUUGGUUCGCCGCGUUAACGUUGGCAGAUAAUCUAGCGCAGCAGCUAUCCAGCGUUUCCAGAACCUGCUUUCGUAGACCUGCGACAUCUUCCAUGUGUGCUUCUGAGCGUAGCUACUGUCUUCGAAUGUCUGACGACCCGAGUAGGAAAUGGUUCGGGGUUAGCAGUGAUGAUAGCUCAUCGUCUAGUGGCAAUUCAGUUACCGGUCCAGAAUUGAUAUUUAAUUCGAUUUCUGCCAACAUGUUUCUUAGUAGUUCAUCGGUAGGCGUGCGUGUGAGUUGUGCUUCAAGGCCUUCUUCACUGACCGAACAAGGCGUUCCCAUGCGCCACCAAAGUGCGGAGAAGCUGGCGGGAUGAAUGACUAUUUCGUAUCCGUUGUAGUGAAAUGUUCCAUCAGCUUGUUCUGGUUUAUCUGCUGUUGUGCCUGUUUCAAUUCACGGCUCACCAACAAAACACGAUCGCUAAAUAUCUCCAAGGGGGAACCUCUCAUGGCUAUGAAAUUUCUGGUGGCCAGGAUGCUUGAAUCUGUUGUGAGGGUGUGCGCAACUUUGAGGCGUAUUGAUCGAACAGUGAGACAAGUAAUCAACACACCCCAACGUUUGUCGGUGCGUCUGCCAACUGCCACGUGCAUCGGCCCAAAAUAACCAAUGCCAAUGUAUGAGAAUGACGGGCUUUCGACCGCAUGGGUAGUAAAGCAGAUAUUUCAGGGACGGCUGGUUUAGCCCUGCGGGUUUUGCAGAGCUGGCAUCUCGUACGCACACGAUUAUGUGUCGAACAAAGCUUAGGAAUAUAGAACCGACGUUUGAUUUCAUUGAGCGUCGUUUGGUGGUUCAUGUGACAUCGGGCGUUUCGUACACUCUUCUACAAAUUCGCAAGCAUCUAUGCGUCCUUUCAUCUGCACUAACCUAUCUACCUCAAGAAUUGGGUUAAGCUUGUACAGUGAAAUAUUUUUGGGCAGCACGUUCUUCCAUGGCAAUGGAUUAGAUUUCCUUAGAUGUUGAAUCUCUCUGGCAAACUCGGAAACUUGAACGAACUUUAGUAUACUGUAUCGAUUUUGUUGGCUAUUUUCGGCAAAUUUGAGACUAAGUGAAACAAAAGCAAUUUAGUAUAGUCAGCUCCGCUUCUUUUAGCUCCUCUUGGGACAGUGGACCGUUUUCAACAGGCUGUUCGGCGAUUUUCUUGCGUAUAUUAGCUGGAGAUCGUUUUACAAAGGCCACAAGACGUAGCCACCGUUUCCAACUGGAAAAUGUCUCCCACCUGAAUAUCGUACGUUCUUCGAAGUGAUGAAGUACUCGUUUUACUUCUAUAGCAUCACCAAAUUUGGAUAUAUUAUUAGGCUAACGAAAUUUGGGGCCCCACAGGAAUUCCAAUCCACGACAUGUAGGGACAACGACUUGUAGAAACCAGGUGCGGUAGCUUUUGCCAUUCUGUAGCGACGUUCAAUUUUGAUGGGAUCCAGUUCCAUUCAUGUGGCUCCGUCAACUCUAACAUCUCACUGACUCAUACGGCUACAAACUGCCUAUAUUUUCGGUAAUCAGAGUUUAGCCAACAAAGAACAUCUCGUGCAUCCGUCCUGAAGGAUCGUUGCGUAGGUUUUAAUUUGUGCGACUCCACGAUGCUGUUCGCCAAGUGGGCUCCGACUACUGCUGCCUGCAGUUCCAGUCUGGCUAUUGACUCAAAUCGCAGUGGAGCUACUUUUGUUUUUGUCCCGACUAGUGCACAUUACACGAUGCCAGCUUCUUCGAAAUGUAGAUGACAUACCGCAACAAGUCCAUUCUCAUCUGGUAACAUCUGGGCACACUAACCAUCUCUACUCGCGGAAGAACUUGCACACAGGUCAGUAAUUUCUCCCGUUCUUCACUGUUAAUUGGCACGUCCAAAUUCACACCGCUACACCAUAUUUCCUGCAGUGAUAUCUUCAGCAAUAUCAAGAAGUUUGCCAGACAUCUUAAAGGAUCAUCAUUAGUGUGCUUAACAUCUGCCUCUUUGUCGGAACAAUAUGACCGUUAGUAGUUCAGCGUUAAUCCUUGGGGAUACUUUGAAAGUGAAUGAAUCAGUAACAGUAUACCACCACAAGCCAAGAACUUUUUCUGUCCCCAUCUCGUUCAGCAGACUCAUACUUUUCACACCUGGGGCCCUAUUCUCACAGUCACGUCACAUAGUGACUAGAAGGAAAUUUCCUUCUAGUCACUAGGUGACGUGACUGUGAGAAUAUGCCCCCUGGUGUCGCUUCCAACUACCGCAGUGCUUGGUUUCAGUUUGACAGCCAGUUUCGUAUAUCGAAGCCAGCCUCAGCACGAACGAAAUGAACCUCUUUCGCUAACUUUGUCGCCUCUUCUUCCGUUUCCACAUUAGUGAGCAUAUCAUCGACGUAAUGUUCCUUCACUAUCGCUUCAGCUGCUCAUGGAAAUCGGUCCUGGAAUCGUUGUGCAUUAUGGUCCACAUAGGGUCCAUUCAUAAGUUACGUAACGCAAAAAUUACCUGAAAUUGACUCCUCCCUCCCCCACGUAACAAAUUGUCACAAAUUUAUCUAUCCUCCCUCCCCUAUUACGUAACAAAUUCUUUAUUUUUUUUCUUCGGUCAAAACAUGUUACGUAACGUUCUAGCUUACUCCUCCUCCCCCAUUUGUCACAAUAUGUCACAAAUUGUCGAGCCCCCUCCCCCUAAACGCGUUACGUAAUUUAUGAAUGGUCCCAUAUUGACAUACACAACGAUUUUGGAUUUCUG